AUGAGUAAUUUGGCUCGUCAUGAGAGGUUAUAUCAAUUUAUCAAGCAUAAAGAAAGAAUUCUCAAAGCGAAGCCUGUUGUCGAAAGCAGACCUCGAUCCAAAUCAAUGCCAGCACGCCUAAAAAUGUCAUCACAAAAGCGUGAUGAAGAAAGAAGGAUCCAAGCAGAAAACGAGCGCCUACUGAAGUCAUUAUUGAAAAUAUCGGAACGAAAACCGAAGUACUUCUAA